AUGGACGGCACCAAGCGCAAAGCAUCGCCAUACAGUGACUCUAUCGACCUGGGUGUGGCGACUCCCACUUGGACUGACAUGACCGACUAUCCAGUGUCCGCCUUGCGCUACACCCAAUCUCCCUACGCCCUGCCUGCCAAACGCCGCAAUUCGUUCCAGACGCGCGAGGAAGCUAUCAGAGCCAUCUCACCCAUCACCAUAGAUGAUGACAGCAGCAGUAGCAGUAGCAGUAGCGAAGCCAGAUCUAAUGCCUCUCAAUACGAAUACGAGGUCGAUACUGACAACGAUGGGGUCUGGUUGACCAAUACCGGCGAGCACACCUUCUCGGGCACAUUAGCCAGCGAGAACGAUCCCAUCGUCCAAGCUACUCUACCACCACAAGUGGAAAUCGCCCUCCUGCGUCUCAAACAAGCACAAAGACUAGCAGAGCUCGACGCAAAGAAACACGACAGCGAUCGCAUCCUCCGCGACCUCGUUCGAGAUAUCAGCAACCGACUGAAAGCAGGCGCUAGCCUCACUCUCGAGCGCUUGGCCGGCGACAGUAGUAUCACCAUCACCUGCGCCGACCCCUUCUGUCCAGGCCCUGAGCACAAGAUCGCGGCAGGGGCAUACUACUUCAUCCUUGGCCAGCCCCGCCAACUUCAAGACGCGCAACACUACUGCCUCUUCUGCCUAGAGGAGAUGUGGGACGGUAAAGGUAUGGUCGGUCCGCUACCUCACCCCUCCAUUUGGGACGACUUUACUGAAGCCCAGAGCACAACGACCGUGGCUUUACAAUCCGAUCUAGAUGGUCUUGCCCUAGACGGUACGGUGGAGGAGGAGGAGCAUAAAGCACUGCAGCGCUACCUGAGCGGCGACUGCAAGGCCUGCCGUUCCUCUCUCUUGAAUAAAUUUCCGCCGGAAGAAGUACCGGGUUCCACAUCUAUCCUUCCCGCUCCUGACGACGACAACACCACCAUCCCAUCAUCCCUCCUCGAAUCUCGCUGGGCGCCUAAAGCUACAUCAGGUGAUGAUGAGACACGCCCCCAGACACCUGAGGCUCAAGUUGAGAACGGCGGCACGGUUUUGCCACAAUCGCCAGAGACGCCGGGGGGUCCUUACUCCCCUGUCGUGCGGGAGCGGACAAGGUUCCAGUUUCUGGCGGGGUAUGUGCGGGCGGGCGAGAGUCUGGAUGGGAGGGAGAAGGAGGGUGUGAGGGGAUGGAAGGAGGGUGGGGGGUGUAGAGGGAAGGAAUUGAGUGUUGUGCUUGGGGGUUUGAGGGAGUGA